AUGGACAUGGUGCUGGUCCUAGCAAUGCAGAAUGGCAGCGGAAUCUCCAACAUCAGCCUAGGGGACGUCAAGGGCUCAGCAGGGCUGAGCCGCACAGCUCACAAUCUAGUGGCGGUGUUCUUGGGCUGUAUCCUGGUGCAGGGAUCUCUCUACAACUCUAUGGUGCUGAUCAUCUUCGUCAAGUUUGAAGCGGUGAGGACUCCCAUCAAUAUGAUCCUGCUGAAUAUCAGUGUCAGUGACUUGCUGGUCUGUGUGUUCGGUACUCCGUUCAGCUUUGCGGCCAGUGUGUCCGGAAGAUGGCUGAUCGGGCGGCGGGGCUGCGUAUGGUACGGCUUCUGCAACUCCCUCUUCGGUAUUGUGUCCCUGGUUUCUCUGUCUCUGUUAUCCUAUGAGAGAUACCUAACAGUGCUAAAAUGUGAAAAGGUCGAUGCAUCCAACUACAGAAAGGCCUGGAUAUGUAUCAUUGGAUCCUGGCUCUACUCUCUGUUUUGGACAAUGCCACCUCUGUUUGGCUGGAGCAGCUAUGGCCUGGAAAGUUCAGGAACGACGUGUUCAGUGGUAUGGCACUCAAAGUCUCAAAACAAUGUAUCGUAUAUUGUGUGCCUCUUCCUGUUCUGUCUGAUCUUACCUCUGCUGGUUAUGAUAUUCAGCUAUGGACACAUUGUCAAAGUCAUUCGAGGGCAAAUGGGCCGGAUAAACUUAAGCACAGCUCAGAAGAGGGAGCACCACUUGCUGUUUAUGGUGCUGUGUAUGAUCACUUGCUAUCUCUUCUGCUGGAUGCCUUAUGGAUUAGUCUCUUUGAUUACAACUUUUGGGAAACCCGGAAUCAUCUCUCCCACAGUCGGCAUCAUACCAUCCAUUCUGGCCAAGAGCAGUACCUGUGUCAAUCCUCUCAUAUAUAUAUUUAUGAAUAAGCAGUUUUACAGAUGUUUUGUUACCCUUCUAAAAUGCGAAUCAGAACUGCACGACAGCGACGCCACUUAUAAUUCACGACAAAGCAAAGAGCUUCAGAUUAAGGAAAAUGGCAAGAUGGUUCAAAGCAGCUUUCACCAGCCAAGGAAGGAAACAGCAUCUUCAAUCACAAAGCAACAGAAAUUGACUCUUGUAGUGCACUACAUAGAUUACAGAUAA